CUCUCUCUCUGCAACUCAGUCACCCCAAAACAAAGGCCCAGACUUCAUUCACAUCCUCAACUCCACAUAAAGACAUAAAAGCCUUCAAAUUUCGAAAAACGAAGAAGAAAGAAGAAAACCAGAGAGGCAGAAAAAAAAAUGCUAGAUCCAAGAAACGACUUGCUUCCUCCUCCUUCCUCUCCCACCAACUCCUCCGUCUCCUCCUCUGAUCUCGACACCGAGUCUACAGGGUCGUUUUUCCAUGAUCGGAGCACCACGUUGGGAACCCUAAUGGGAGUGAGUUUCCCGGCAAUAACAUUCCGAGCGCCAAGCCAGAGCCGCCGGGAACUCCAGUCCGCCGCCGGCGCCAGCGGUUCGGGGAAGACGAAGAAGCCGAAGAAGAAGAAGAGCGCCGCUGCUGCUGCGGUGGCCGGAGUGACGGAGAGGCGGCGGAGGUGGUGGAGGCUGUGCCGGGAUGACGGGACGAAGCCGGCGUCUCUGGGGGAGUUUCUGGAGGUGGAGAGGCGGUUUGGCGACGGCGCUUUUUAUAAUACGGCGGCGGAGCUUGAAGGGGUGAUGGUGGCGCAGCAGCCGAGGAAUGGAGGGCAGAUGUUGUUUGCUGACGGGAGGGUUCUGCCGCCGUCGAAUGUGGACGACGGGGCAUCUUCGUCGACGGCCGGCGGGCUUUGUAGAUUUCCGGUUUCUCUCACUGCCAUAUGCAGUGGCGGUUUAGCUUAACUCCCUCUUAUUUAUUUAUUUUUUAUUUUUAAUGACGAUAUUAAAUCUCUUAAUUUGUCUCGGUGUUUAUUGUGGAAAGGGGGAAAUGGGAUAUAGGAAAAGAAAAGGAAAAAAAAAGGUGAGUCUUUGAUUAUGGAUGUUUUGCUUUAUUCCUCAACAUGUCACAUUG